GUUGGCUCACACUGCCGCACGUGUGGUCGGUCUGCUCGUGCUCACAAGAAACAAAUCGGAACAUUGGCCUUGAUUUAAGAACAUGAGGCAAAGCUCCGGGUGAUAUAGGCUGGAUAUUAGUCUAAAACAUUACGAAAGAAAAAGAAACAAGAGGAUAUCAAGAUGAGAGCGUUAAAUUUGGUACAAGAGCUUCGUGGGAAUCUACCCAUAGCUGCUCUGCAACAGUUCAACAAGGAUGUUGAAGAAAGUAGUAAUCCCCAAGAGAUCAUAGAGGAACUGCUCUAUGUUUCCCCUGAAUGUUCGGAUAUUACGAGGUUACUGCGGAAGGAAAAUAUCAGUUCAAAUGAACUUGCAGUCAUUCUUUCCAGCUUUAGUCACAUACUCCUGAAUAUUGCAGGAGAGCUAAAGAAGUACAGAAAGACAGGUGUCUUCAUUACUCAAGAACUCCUACAUGAUCAUAUUCAUCACUUCUACCAGUUGGUGUCACCAGCCAGUAUAAAUAAAAAUAGCAGAGCAGCUUUACAAUGCCUUACAGGUAUGGUUAUGAUUGGAUACGAAACUGCAACUGAGGUGUUUACAAAUUUAGACUGGAAGAGAAUGAAUUUAAAUAUUCUGUUGAGCCGUCGAGAGAGUGGAGUUUCUAGAGAUGUUCGUGCAUGGUGUAUGUACUUUCUUUUGGCCUUCCUGAACGCUCCAGAUGAUGUGACUCUUGUCAAGCAGUUUCUUCAAAAUGCAGAAUUGCUGCCAUCAGUUUUUCCUGGCCUUGUGUGGGACCCAUGUGAAACUGUCCUUAAUGUGUUAAAAGUGAUAAUGGACUCUGUGUUGUAUAAUCCUCAUGUAAGCAAAACCAACAAGGUUCACCUGUUCACACCAGCUACCACAGGGCCACUUUUACAGCUUUAUAGAUGGGUUGGACCCACAGGCAGUAUAUCUAAAAAAGGUAUUGAACUAGAUGAGGAAUUAGCAGCAAAAAGAAUGAAGGAACAAGAACAAAUCAGAACUGCAGUACAUAGGCUCCUGCUGACCUUGUGUACAAGCUAUAAAUAUGGCAUUGUUUUCAAAGAAAAAGUGGUGAGACAGGGUGAAAUCUGGUCCAACAAUUGGGCUGUUGGCAAGAUCCUAUCAAGUCUUGAAAGCCCAUGGAAAUUAGAAGAAGGAAAGGACCUCCUUGUUAAAGCAAUAGGAUACAGUCCAGACCUCCUGAAGUCAUACCUAUUUUCCAUCCAUGAAAUUCUUUCCCCCCGAGCAUCAUCAAAUUUCAUGUUAAUCAUAGACAUGUUAAUCAGGAUUCUGGAAUACCAGAAGCCUUGGAGAUAUUUGGCAGAGAAAGGUUUAAGAGGUGUCCAAGUAGCACUAGUUCCAAGUCCAUUAGGUGAAAAGUUUUUCAGUAUCCUUCUCGAGUCUGAAAAUGAGAGCUGUAGGCUCUGUGCAGUCUCACUGAUGAACACCAUUCUAUCAAAAACAAGUGAAACUGUUAAGCAUUUGGAAACAGACAAGUCUUUGCCCAGAGGAAAGUUUCUUUCCAUGCAGAAAUAUCUGCUAGGGAAUAUUCAUACCUAUUUAGGUGGGGUCAGUGGUGUAAUUAAAUGCUGGCGGAGAUCUACAGGCCAGUUGCCAUUUAAGAGAGCAGAUGGUACAAAAAGCACAAAGAUGUCUAGCACUAAGUUACUCAUUCCUCUUGUUAAAGUUUUAAUUCUUUGUCAAGAAUUAUUCCCAGCUCAUGCAAAUGAAGAAGCUAUCCAUUCUUUGAACAUGUUACAAGUUGUUCGAAAUUUGACUGAUUGUAAUGACAGCAAUGAUGAGAACAAGGCAAAAGCAGUAGAGAUGAAACUAGAACUGCAGUUUUUGUGUAUAGAGUGUAUAUCAGGUUCUAAUGACAGGCAUGGCAUUAUUGUUGACAAUUUUACUUUAGGAGGUGCAGAAAAUCAGCAGGUUGAAAAGAGUAUGUUGUAUCAGUUAAUCAUGACUUAUUCUCAGGCUAAGGAAGAAGUUUCAUCUUUUGACAAGGAAAAAUUGAAGACACAUACUUUUACACAGAAAUGUUUAGAUAUAAUAUCAAAUAGUUUGAUUCAUAAUGGCCUCACUGUUUAUGAAGGAAAUCUAAGUUUUUGGCUGGAUUACAUAAAGGACAACUCUGUCCAGCUGUCAGCUUUCUUGACUCAUGUCAUCCAAAAGACUAUCUUAUCCCUUAGUGAGUAUACAGAUCUUCUUAUUGAACUGGCAUCUUCUGGUUUGCAAUCUAGUUACGACACUUCAUUUAUGAAGGAACUAGAGGAAAUGGAUGUCAUAGACAAUGAAGACAUUUCUAAUCUUAACUCUACACUACCAUUUUCUCGGCUUGUGCCAGCAGCUGUUGAGCUUCUAACAGCUAAUCCAGAUUCAGAUUGUGUACAGUACUUUUCUCAGGUGGUAAAUGAUUACCUUCAUACAUUGAAUAAUCCUGUAUAUCUGGCAGAUUUUCUUCUAGACAAGGAAAAUAUACUGACAUCUGAAUUAAAGCAAUACUUAAAGUAUUGGAGCCAAGGCAAGCUAUCUUCAAAAGCAAAGACCCAAAUUUUGAGAGACAGUGACAGUCUAGCAGAUAUUCUUAAACAUGUCUUCAUGAGUCGAGACUGGUCAUCAGUUGAAGCUUUGUUAGAGGCUGAGAAUAUGCAACUCCUUAUGAAGAAGAGUAAUAUUAUUUUGACAGCACAACAAGUUCUUGUUUACUUAGAUAAAGAGCUAUCAGAUGAUGAUAAAAGCAGUAGAAGUAAACUGACUAAGAAAUUUGUGUAUGUUCUGAAAAACAUGUCUGCAGUACUUGAGAAAGAUGACCAGAGUCAAUCAAAAAAAUUGAUUCAAAUCAUUUUGGAAUAUCAUUCCAUUUUGUCAAACUACCAACCAUUUUCCUCAACUAAGAAGAACAGUGUGACCAGUCUUGUUCAUACCUUUAUUUCUUUAGUUCUUUCAAAAUAUCCAGAUCUUGCACCUAUUACAUCACCAUAUUAUGAUAAGUUGUUGAAAGACUUAAAGAUGCACCUGCUUCGACAAGAUGAGAAAAUAGAUUUCCUAAGUCCUGUGAUACCAUAUAUUUCUUCAGAACAUAUACUUUUAAGUUAUGCUCAGGUUGAAGAUCUCUUCAUUGUUUGCUUGAAAUCAUCCUGCACUGACUCAAUAUCACUUAAUAACUUGCUGUUAGAGCUCCUCAAGCUCUUGUCACAAAUAACAAGUGCAAAAAGAAAACCAAAAGUGCAAUCUGUAAAUCUGAUGUUGGUAAAGUAUUUGGAGUGGAGUCGACAAGGGGAAGAACCAAGGGAUGAAAAGAAGCCAAUGAUGUCAUUUCUUGAGCAAUUGCUGAUAGAGGUCUUGACUGCUGAAGAAGUUAAACAACUACGCUCAGAUGACUUGAAGUCUCUCCUUCAGUCUAACCCACCUAGUUCCAAGCUGUGCUGUCACAUUUUGAAGCUUCAUCCACCCUAUGCAGUCAUUUUUGCCAAAAGGCUGAAGAAGCAGAAAUCACUGAUACCAUCCCAUGCAGCUCUUUUAGCAUUACUUGCAGCUCAGGAAGAAAGUGGACCUACAGCUGUUGUAGUUUUACGUGAUUUGGUUGAAGAUCUCAAGUCUUGGGCUCUCACAAUGGAAGAAGAGAAAGAAGGAUACAACAAGCUCUUCAACAGUGCACUGAAAUUUGAAAUAUUUGAUCAAGAGAGCUUAGUUGAUAUAUGCAAGAAUUUGUAUGAGAAGAUAGUCACCAGGAAGGAGGCACCACCUAGGGAGUAUCUAAGUUUGGUACCAGCAUUCCAGAAAAUAGCCGAUACUGGUGUCAAGCAUAAAGCAUUACCUUUGGGUGUCAACUUGACUCUCCUACACAUCUGCCUUAGCAGCAUCAGGACCCUUUUCAAGAGGGAGGAUACUGAGUUGUUGAAAGAUACAACCCAGAUUGUGAAUGAUAUUCUUCCCAGUAUUAAUCCAUCAUCACUAAAGAAUAGUUUGCUAAAUAGCAAGUUAUGGCCAGCAUAUGUAAAACAAGUUUUGCGGCAUAGCUUCAGUGAUAAAACUCUGGGACCAAGCCUGCUGCACACGUUAGACCUGCUGUUCACAAUAAUGUUUAGAGAUGAAAAGGGAAAUGAGAAAGCUCUUCCAUCACAUACUGUUUAUCAGAUGAUCUUUUCACAUUCACAUUAUCUAGAACUGAUGUUUAAUAGAGAAACAGAGUGGGAUCAAUUGAAAGAGAAGGUGAUUGCUGUGCAGCAGACUAUUGUCAACUGUAAUAUAAAAGUAUGUGAAGAGAGGCAUGUUCCCAUCUUAUUGGGUGCAUAUGGGGCUUCUAUGUCAGCUGUUGACCAACGGAUACUAAAGCUGCUGUUUACAUAUGAGCAAAAUGGCUUCAUGGACACCAUACAACCCAUUUUGUGGGGUGAGGCUGCAAUUGCUCAUUUUGGAGUGCAAUCCAGUGAUAGUAAUCUCUGGAAUGAACCCAAACCGCAGCAGGCACUAGCAUUAUUAGACAAAGACAAGAUUUUGAAAACUUGCAAUAAAUUUGACACCAGUCUUCCCUUAGAACCACAAGACGUGCAAAGUAUAGAUCCCUCCAUAUACGACAUACGGUUCCUACUGUCCCUAAUGACGUACUUGGCAAAUCAUGAAGAGGUUGGCAGUCUUGAUUAUGCUGAGUGUGGGGCAGUGGCAGUUGGGUUUGCUCUCAUGACAUCUCAUUCUGAUGCCAUGUGGGGAGCCGGUGCUGCUCUCUUGAGAUUUAUGGUGGAAAGGAUGGAGGAUACCACACGACGUGUUCGUUUGAGGUUACCGUGGUUGUGGUUAGUUGGAGUUGUGAGUUGUACCUUUGACGGUGUAAAACGUCGCCUCCCACCUUUAACGACACAGUUCUUAAUCCGUUCAUCGUUACUGAUCUCACAGCCUUCCCACCGCAUGUAUCAGCCUGUCAUGAACUACAUGUUCCUCAAACCAGCAUUUGACCUGAAUGAGAUUCCAGAGUUGUUCAGGUUCUACAAUUCAGAUAGCAUAAAGGACCACUAUGUUCAGCGGUCAUUUCUGCUAUCAAUGUUGUCCACUGGCAUCCGUGAGAAUGUGGACUACAAAAUAUGUAAAAGGAGAUCCGUAACCACAAUGGUGAUGGGAAUGCUGCAGGCUCCCUCAAUAGAUGCUCAUCUCAGAGUACAGGUGCUUGAAGUCUUGGAAUCAUUGGUGGGCAUCCUACCUGCAGCAGUUGACUUAGUCAAGUAUCAUAAUUUGCUGACAGUAUUACCACUUGUGGUUCUACCAACUACAUCUCAGGAUGCACAAAUUUCAGAGCUCCUUAAGGGAGUGUUGAAUGUAUUAAGUGCCAUCUGGUGUACUAUCACAAAAAGUGUCACAGAGGAAAAAAGAAAGAGAAAGAGAGAAGACGAGACAGACUUGCCUUCUAGUAAGAUUGCUAAAAAGGAAUACACCAAUGUGGAUUCAGGUGUGGAUGAUCUGGAACCAGACAGAGAAAAUUCUAAUUUGGAUGAUAUUGAUGAGCAGCCUAGUUCACAGAGGAUAGUUCCACCACUUUUUGUACGAGAGUUCCUUAACUGCUUGUCACUUCUCACACCUGUAACUGUUGCUUGUGACUCACCGGAAACUAUUGCUCAGUACCUAGAACUUCUUGCAGAAAAUAUUAAAUAUGUUGAAACAGUUGCAGAACUCUCUGCAAAGAACCUCAUACGAACAGCAGCUUUAGCCCCUGAAAUCAUCAAAGGACAGAUUUAUGAGAAUAUAAGUUGGGACACAAUACUUGGCCAUCUGCAAGGAAGAAUAACUGAUGAAGAGGAGGUGAAGUUACUUGGUGCCAAGGCUGAGGAUAUGAGGAACAGGUGGGCCACUGAGCCACUCUCCACAAGCCUGAAGAAGCCCAUUUCAGCUGAAGAAGAUAACGAGUCGAGUAAUGAAGAUGGGCUGAGGCGACUAAGAAGUUCAGUGACCCAGUUGCUUUGUACUCUGGGGAAAUGAAAUUACUUAAAGAGUUUAUUAUACUGUUUUCUGUACAGUAAUGUUUUUAAAGUGAUUAAUCUAUUUUCAUGGAGUAUUUUGAAAUAUUUGUAUAUGGUUAUUGCAGAUACUGAUAAUUGUUCUUUCUAUCUCUUUCUCUUCUCUCCUCUCAGUUAUCUCAAUUCUCUUUUUGUUUUUGAAUGUUUAAGGAUCACUAAAUAUAUUAAUAUGUUUGCAGUAUCAUUUGAAUGAAUAUCAGGAUGUUAUUUUUGCUUAGAAAUAGCAAAAUGAGGAAAAGAUAUGUAAUCUUUUUUUUCCAUAAAAAAAACAAUAUUA